UAUCAUAAUUUUCAUUUACCAUUUGUUUUUUCUUCAACUGCUCCAACUAAUGGUGAUAUAACAAUUCCAUGGUAUAUUCACACAUCAGCAUUUGGAUUUCUUUGGAAUCAACCAGGUUAUGGUUCAUUUGAUGUUCAAAAUGAUAAAGAAAUAAUGUGGACUGCAAAUGCUACACAUCAACUUGAUAUUUGGAUAACAACAAUUCCUAAAGAAGAAAAUCUUUCUUCAUUAUUUUAUCCUAUUCUUAUGAAAAAUUAUGUUAAUGUUAUUGGUCAUCCAAAUCCAUUACCAAAAUUUGCUUCAGGUUUUUGGCAAAGUAAAAAUCGUUAUCGUAGUCAAAAUGAAUUCUUAGAUGUUGCAAAAGGUUAUUAUGAUCGUCAAAUUCCCGUAAGUAUUAUUGUUAUUGAUUGGUUUCAUUGGACAAAACUUGGUGAAUGGAAAUUUAAUAGUACAUGUUGGCCAGAUAUUCCACAAAUGAUUAAUCAAUUAAAAUCAUACGGAAUGAAUUUAAUGGUAUCUGUUUGGCCUCAUGUUGAAAAAGAUUCAGAAAAUUUUUUCUUUAUGAACACAACAGAUUUAUUAACUCAUGAUGCAAAUGGAAAUGUUUUGCCAAGCACAACUGAUAAUCUUUAUAUUUCUGAUCAAUUUAAUCCAACUACAAGACAAUUCAUUUGGGAUAAAGUUAAAAGAAAUUAUUAUGAUUAUGGAAUAAAAAUUUAUUGGUUAGAUGCUGAUGAACCAGAAGGAGGUCGACCUGGUUUACAAUGGUGGUAUGGAAGACAUGAUGAAGAAAUAGCAAUGGUAUGGGCAAGAGAACAUCAACGAACAUUUUGA